AUGAACCGCACGGCAUGGUUGCACCACGGCCUCGGCACCAUCUCCCGGGAAGAAGCGGAGCAACGAGUGCAACGCAAUGGGCUCUAUCUGGGCGCCUCCAGGGACUUUUGGAUCGUCUUCUUCUGCUGCCUCGGGACCAUCAUCCUUUGCUUCCUGUUGACCUUCGGAGCCGUGGAGCUUCGCGCCCGGAGGAGGAAAGCCAUGUGGGGAUCAAAGACGGACAGCGACAGCGAGGAUAGCGAAGCAGAGCACCUGCAGCCCGAGCUUCUGACUAGCAAGCCAGUGGCCAAAGUGGGGUUCAUCCAACGCUCUAUCUUCAAGGCGCAGCGCUACGGGCCCAGCUUCGCGCUUCACGCGGACCUGGCGCUGCGGGCCACACUGGUGGCGGUCUUCUGCGCCGCCACCUACUCCCCGGCACUGCCCUUCCUGUCCUGGUGGCAAGAACAAGGCUGGUCGAUGAGUUAUGUUGUGGUGAUCCUCGCCUUCACCCUCUACUUGGACCUGGGCAGCACCGUGCAGUCCGCUUGGGGGGGGUUCUAUGGCACCUUGCUGCCGGUGCUGAACUGCUGGCUCAUGUUCGCAGUCUACCCCCAUGGUGUCACGGACGACGAUGCUGGAAGCUACGUUUUUGCUUGGGCGAACUUCCUCAUCUUCGUUCUCCUUACCUUCACCCUGAACCUGGCAACCCUGGCGAAGAUGUACGCGCUGUCUUGGCAGGCCUAUUUCACCAUGUGCUUCUUGAACCCCUCGGACACCACCGUCUUCAGCCGUGGCCUGGCGGACGUUCAGCUGCACGCCGCGGAAACCGGGGCACUCAUGGGCAGCAUCAUCGGCUUUCUGUUCGCUGUGCUGUGCGCAGUGGUUCCCACCACCAUCUCGGCAUUGGACCGGGCGCAGGACAUCGUGCUGGACAUUGCCUGGACCCAUGGGAGGCUGCUGGAGCGUUUGAUCCACUUAGGCGGCGCGCAGAUGCACAACCAGGCUGCAGUGGUCUUCGGAGCAGAGGUCAAGUGCCUGCAACAGAACGUGCAGGAGGCGAAGGGCCUGCUGGCCACCGCUUGGUGGGAAUGUUUCGACCUGGGCGUGGCCGGGCGCUCGCGCGCGCUGCUGCUGGAGCUCUGCAAGAGCUUGGACUUUCUCAACGAUUGGAUCGAAUUCAUGGUCAUGGCGGUCCAGCACCAUGAUUCGGACAAGGUGACGAACCACAUCUUCGUCUCGGUGCAAAAGGAGCUCUCCGCGCUGGUGCGCGAGAGCAAGGGCUCGCUCUUCCGCUGCGUGGCGGUUGCCAUCCAGGGGGACCUGGCCGCGGAGUCAGAUUUGACAAUGUCUUUGUCAGCUUUGGAGGAGGCCCAGCGCAAUUUGACCGCUGCCUUCCGGAGGAGCCUGUCGCAGGUCCCGCUGCAGCAGGUCUUCACCUUCGGCCAGCUGCCGGAGCUGGCACUGGCCUCCAGCGUCAGCGGGUACAGCCAGUUGGUCGGCACCCUGGCUUCGGAGCUUCUGGUGUUCGAGCCCUUCGCCGACAAACCUUCGCUCACCGAGCAGCUUAGAGGCCUUUGCUCUUUCUCGGCCCUGGGAUGCGGUCGUCGCAAGUUCCUGGAGACCAUGAAGCUGCUGGUGGCCUACCUGGCCUGCUUCGCCCUGGGCCGCAGUGGCAUCGGCGGCUUCCUGCCGCCUUUCAACUCCACAGCCCCGGGGACUGUGUCGUACCUCAUCUUCCAGGGUGGAGAUCAGGCGGCGGCGCUGAAAAAGAACUCGGAUCGCUUCAUGGGUGUGGGGCUCGGCAGCCUCAUGGGCGUGUUGCUGCUGGGGAGCUCUUGCGGCAUCUCCUCGCUCGUGGGGGUCUGGAUGCAGGGGAUCUUUCUCAUCGCCUACUUUGUCCUGGAGUUCAUGGGUUUUUAUAUGUACUUUGCAUCCCCCAGCUUCUUCUACGUGGGCCUGAUGUUUUGCUGCUUCUUUGCUUCCAGCGCGCUGGACAGCUGCAAUCAAUUGAAGUCAGACAGCACCUCCAACUUUCAGAGCAUGCUCAGCCAGCUCUUGGCCAUCCUCAUCGCUACGCUGAUGGAUGUGACCACGGAUAGGUCGUUGAGCAUUCGAGCCACGCAAAACCUCGAAGCCUUUGUCGACGUCAUGGACCGGGCUUUGGAUACCUACCCCAUCAGCAAGAGGAAGGCGCGCCGCGCUUUGCGAGAAGAAGGCCUGGGCCUGCUGGCGGCGGCCCGGGCAGACGGCCAGGAGGCGGCGCGGGAGCCUCGCCUGCUGCAAGUGCCAUGGCGGGAGGACCUCUGGACGAAGGUGCUGGUUCUUUGCGAAGAGGCAUGGCAGUGCCUCACUUUGGUCUCCUGCACCGCAUCCCCUGAGACGCCGCAAGAGAGGUGCUUUCAGAAAGCGGUGGACGUAUUGCUCAGCUCCCCAAGCUUUGCAAAGGACGUGCAAAUCCUGCGCUCACGGGCUCUCCAAUCCUUUGAGCUGGUCAUCGACUUGUUUCGGCAGACCCACUACGACGACACCAGUUCUGGGCAGGCAGAGCUGGUGGGUGAGUUCAUGGAUAGCCGCAAGUGCCAUGCCCAUGCCUUACCAAAGAUCCUCUCAGAGACCGUCGCCCGGCUGAAUGUCCAGGCGGCGCAGGAGGCGCACACCCUACUGGACCACGAGAUUUGUGCCGUGGCCAUGUUCAUCAUGCUCUUGGAGGCGCUGGGCCAGCGGAUCGAGCAGCUGGAGGUGGCGGUGCUGGAGCAGCCCCAGAUGUGGCAACUUCUGGAGCCUUCUUGA